GUCGGAAUCUGGCGUUGUGCAAAUACACCACACCACGGCUGGAUGCGGAAUAUGAUGUUGCAUGAACUCCUGAAUCUGGGGUAUUUAUAGGCCGUGUGGCGCUGUGCAUGCGGCUAACCGGAAAGCGAACGAUCACCGCUUUUGAGUGGGGAUUAGACCUUCCUGAUCGUUGUGUCCAAAAAGUCCCCUUGUUAAAUAGAUACCCGAUGGGGUUGAUCUUUGCUGGGGUCGAGAGGGAGGCCACAGUCGGUCCGGACUUGGCGGCGGCGGGACAUGUUUGGGAAGAAGUUUAUCUUCUGGUGAUUCUCCUUUCUGCCUGUUUCUGGUUUCUGCAACCUUUGCGCGAUGACACUUCUUCGCCUUUGGGAUUUGUAUCCCCAUCUUUCAACCUCGAGCUACCACACUUCUCAACGUUAGUAUUUUGAAUGAAUUGAACGAGUUCCAGAAGGAGCAGGAUGGCUCGGGUUCAGCCCUACCAGAGGUUUACCCUGUUAUUCCUUCUCUGCAUCCUUGGUUCAGUUCGUAGUCAGUCUGGAUUCAAUCUAUCAGCCCACUACUCGAAUCUGUCGCAAGCGUUUCCACAACUUGAUUCAUUGUACACAGCUCCUCUCAAACAUUCCCCGUAUAAUGGAGGUCGGAAUAGCACACGAUGUUGUUUGCAAGCUGUGAGCGAGUCAUAUGUUCUGCAAGAUGGGCAGCCAAUUCGAAAUCCAAACAAGGAUCAAGAUUACAUCGAUUUCCCUCCCAUAAAUCUGAGCCAGUCGCAGUUUCCAUGCGGUGCAAGUUAUAAUGGAGACAAAUCCGGAGCCCAACCUGUUGUCGUACCGUAUUCAUGGUGCAAAAAGAACUGCGGUGGUUGGGAGAAGUCAACGAAUACGGCUCUGAGUCAAUGGGUCCAGCCAUUCGUCGGUUUUAUCUUGCCAGCAGCGGUGUUCUGUUUGAACGUACCUCGAAAAUCGAUGAUCGGGAUUUGGGAUGGGUUCUUCAAGGAUCACUUUGAUGAACUAUUGCCUGCUUCGACCGACGUUCUGGUCGAGCUCGCGUUCGUCCUUCAUUUCCUCCUCACAAUCUUCUUCAAGAAGCGGAAGUUGGAGCGCUUGAGAAACUGGAUUGAGAAAGAAACCCGAGAAGGAGGGUCUGGCAAGCAUGGCGUCGUUCAAUUAAGUAUCCAGCUGUGCAAGCUGUUCAUUAUUGUACAAAAGACGUUCCUCCUCAUGUCGUUCAGAGCCACAUUCGCAGCUGGGAUAGCUCUGGUAAACACGCUCAUUUGGGUCACGGUGGUGUUCUCGGCGGCUGCACCCAUGAUUUUGAGCGGUCUUUAUGAGGCCUCGCUGGAUAGGAAGGUCAUAAGGAGCAUUUUGCACGAGUUGAAGGCCGAAGAGAAGCGUGCGACGAAGGAGGCGGAUGAAAACUUGCCGGGGAGCCCGAGAGACCGAACUUCGGAAAGGGAAGUAUUUUACAAAAGAAUCCAUCAGCUGUAUGCGAUUCUCGUUGGAAAUCUCCGGUUGCCAGAAAAGGAAGACAUAGAGGACGAGCCUGAAAAGCCACGAAGCGUGUGGAAAGACGUUUAUCAUUUGGUCAAGCCGCCAAGGCACCGGUGGGCCAACGUAGGUGGCUCGAACGAGGAGGAAGAUUCGACAACAAAUAAUCGCAUUGAACCUGCCUCGGCUAGAGAAAUGGACACAGAGGUAGAUAAACAGAUGGCCCUCAACUCGGAUUAUCGCAAAAUCACCGAUACAAGAUUGAAGGGAAUGUUAGAUUGCCAAGCAAGCUUCGGAGCAGCAAUUGGAGCUCCAGUCGUCUUCUUCGUAGGAUCCUUUCUGUUUGGCGUGAUAAGCAAUCUCAGCGUUCUCGGGGAUAACGAUACUUCACACGCACUUGCUUUCGGAAUGUGGUGGAUGACAAUUCCUCAUGUUGCCAUCGUUUCCGGUUGCUUGUUAGCAGGGAAUAACCCCAACACGCUGGAGAUUAUCGUAUCCAGCGAGAAAGGAGGACCUUGGGAAGAAAGUGACAUGAAAGUUCGACAGGGGUUUCGCAAAUUCUAUCUGUUGUACUACCACAGUGUGUACGUCCCGGUUGAUAUGUGGGCGAGAGGCAAGAACAAAAAAAUCUGGAUCGACGAGCUGUUCUUCCGAUACGGAGCGUCCCCGACUUCGAAGGAUGCUGAAGGAAGAGGCAAAUAUGUUGCUCGACAUGGCAAGGGAGAAUUCCACUUUGAUCUUUGGGAUUGGAUUUGGAUGGUUGUUAUCAGCGGGGGGCUGAUGGUGCUUCCGUUCGUUCUUGCAUUUAUUACGAGUUACUAUACCCCAACCCUCGGACUCGCUUGCAGAAGCCUUACUUUCCUGCUGUACUUCGUCUUCCAGGUGUGGCUCGGAAUAAUCUGGUUGUUCGACUUCUUCACGCCCUUGGUUUGGACAAAGCAUGCUGCCUGGUUACCUUUUGGAACGUACACCGAAAAGAGAUCAAUGACCGAGAAAGGCAAGGACAAUGAGUCCUCGACGAGUGGAGAGCGAUCUGCUGCCGAAGUGGUCGAGUACGUCACCAAACCCAGAAAAAACUACCCAACCAUAAUGGGAUUCCUACUCGCUUUCAUUUUCUGUGGAUCCAUGUUUACGGCUGUUUUCGGGACGUUCUUUCAACUCCUGGGCGUGUACCGAAACUGCCUCUGCUCGAUACCCAUUUCAUUCUGGUUGAGGGGAGACUAUCCUCUAGACAUCUCCACUAACACUGCGGAGGCCAUUCGACUCGCGACCAACUUCUGGGUACCCACUGGAAUCGCGUCCAUCGUCUUGAUGAUCAUCACCUGUUAUGUGGGUUGGUGGCGCUCCUGGAGCCGAAGGGCGGCUCAGUCCACGAUCCAAAAACCGAUCAUGAGGCGAGUCUAA